CGUGAGAACCAGCGCAGAUCACCCAGCUGUGCUUAUUAGAGCCACGGUCUCUCCAUUUCCUUCGCUUCCGAAGUGAGUGAGUACCUAUCUCCUUUCGCUAAGAAGACAUGUCAACGAAUUCAUUUCAAACUCACGGUGGCAACGAGGAGAAGGCGCCGCUGUACGCGCUUUCGCAGCCUAUCAUCCCAGAACCCGACGCUCCUCCCGCCGAUAUUCGCGAGUUCCUGACUGGAAUCCUGGCUGUCUCGCGCAGACUCUCCCACGAACAUGCAAGCGCCAUAGCGAACAAGUGGAAGCUUGGCACCGGACGCGAAUUACGCGAAUACCCCCCGAAGAUGUAUCUCGAGAUCUUCGGUCCGGAAGAGGGAUGGUGUGUGUAUAGAGAAGUCAAGACCAGACUCCUCAGCAAGAAAGACCAAGGUGCACUACCUCGUGACACUCGUGCUUUCCUAAUUGGCGCAAGUAUCUUCUUCAUGGUAUCAGCCUACUAUCUGAUUCCUGCGUUCUGUUCGUCAUCACGUGCGCUACCUCUGCGGGCGAUGGCUUUUGUGGCAUUCUCUUUGUUUGGUGGUGGCGGCUUGAUCUGUGGCGUGGCCGCCGUGCAAUCACCACGCACUGUUGACGAGCAGGUCGAGCAAGACCUCAUAGAAGCAUUCGUGGGAGGAGAUACAAGUUCCAAGAGAUAGCAGAGCUUGGAAUGGUUGUGCGUUGAUAGAGAAAGCAGCUCCGGGAAAUAGGCGAGCUCUGCAUGAAUGCUAUUAGAGGGAAUGACCGGGCUGUCGCACUACCCCAGCGGUUAAUACCCGGCUUCCCUUCGAAACUGUUACUUCCUUUUCCUCCGUUUGAGACAGCACCAUGUUUGGCCCGCGGAGCAAUUUAUAUCGCAUGAUGCCCCUGAACUAAUAAGUGUCAGAUUUCUGGCCGACGAACGGCGACAUGUUGGGUUGAACCGAACCGUGCCUGCCGUUACUCGCAA